GGAGACAGACAGUUGAGGAGGGUCAGCUGGAAAAGCCCAGCAGAGCCCAGGGCACACUGGGCAGUGGACAGGAGAUAAGAGGGCACAUCUCCGUGCUUCAUCCUGGGUCAUGAGACCAUGGAGAUGGCCACUGGCAGGAUGUCAGCUGCCAUGCUGGGAAGGAGGGUUAAAAGGUGGUCUCCAUGGCCGGUGCCGGCGGUGCCUGGCUCAGGCGGACGCACUGCUGGUCUCUGCUCCUCGAUGGGGCGUCAGGAAAGUGUGUGCCCGAGACAGGGGCUAGCCUGGUAACUCAGGAGUCACCCGCCACUGACACCUUAACCUGGGUUAAGGUGUCAGAACUCCUAAGGGGCACUUGAUCCUAGUGAGGCACAUCUUCCCUGGCGUCACUAGGGGGCGCUGUUUCCACAUGUGAGCUGGACCUGUGCAGGGGGAAGGGAGGGGAGCGUGGGGGUCUGGGGGGGGGGGGACACAGGACAAUGAGAGAUGGGGGAUGAAGAGGAAAUGCAGGGUGAGUGGGGAGGGGGUGAAGGAGAGGUGAUGUCACGUCCAGAACUGGCGGGUGGGGAGGGUCUGGGGGCACAGUUCACCCCACAGGGCUGGGGUCUCUGCAUUUGGAGAAGGGGUCCCUGUGGAGCUGGGUACUCCCCCCGGCUGGCUGGAAGGGGGCUGGGCCAGGUCCCAGGAGAGGCAGGAGACAUGGAGCAAUGCUGCUGGGGAAAGGUGUCCAGGAGAGGGACAGUGACUGGGAGCCGUCCACCACGCGGGGGUGCUUCUGGUGGUCAGCAAUGUCCAUCGUAUACGCCACCCGUGGCCCCGCAGGCAGCUCGGCCUUUCUGAGGCCAAGUGAGGAGUCAGCUGGGCAUCGCAGCUUCCUCCCGGGAAGGCCCCAGGCCUGCACAUCAAUGAAGGCACGGACGGGAGCGUCUUUCAGCCCUCUGCCCACUGCCCACUGCCCAGGAGAGUUCGUGAGAAUGUCCAAGGCAUGACCUUCCUAUGACUACAUAGACUCUGAGAGAACGUCCAAUUUACUCUUCCCCGUAAACUUCCCUAAUCUGGUCAUCAUUUAGCCACCUUUGCUUUGGGCUGCAAAUGAAGAUGAUGGCUCUUCCAGAAAGCCCUGCGCAGCCCCCGGCUCUGAGCACAGGCUUUGGGUUAGACCACGGGCUCCUGUAGCGGGCCAUCACGCAUGCUGUACGACCCGGAUUCUGCCUGCCUCUGUGGGGAAGGGCCAGGACACCUGCACACCUGCUUCAUCUGAGGCCAGGGUGAGCGCCGGGGACAAGCCCAGGAAGACCACCUGAGGCCGUGCCUCUCUGCUCUCCUGACACGCUCCCUCCUCAGUGGGUGCUGCUGCCCCAGGCUGCGGAGUGCCACCAGGGCUGUUGAGGGGUUCCCGGGGUGGUGCGCACCUCCUUAGCAAGGAAGCACGGGGCUUGGUGGCUGUCCCUCCCCCAGAGCCUCGGCUGGCUGGUGGCAGGUAAGGUCUUCUCAGAGGCAGGGUGGGCCCUCUCUCCACAGACUCUGGGGGAAGGCGCCGUGACUCACUCUGAGAGCCCGCCGGAAACCCCCAGAGUACAGCGUGGAAGUGUCUGGACGCCCCGUCACUGUGCACCGCUCACCCCACUGCCAACACCCCGUGAGAACUAGAUGGCUCACUGGCAGCCCCAUGGCCCAGCUACUCGGGCCUGUGCUGAGGGCGGCCAAGCAAGCUCUGCGCCCCUUCUGCCUCAGAAGCCAGGCUGACUCUGGCUUACUUUACGGGGCCACUCACCUGUGUGGCUUUACACAUCUGCACUGAGCCCCGGCCCACAGGGCCCCGGGAACACAGGUGGUGCGUGGGAAUACAAGUCGCACUGAGAGGCCUCGCUGAAUCCCAGGUUUAUUAGGUUCCCUGCAGCUCUUAUUAGCCACAGAUGGCUGAACCGAAACCUGCUCAAUCUGCUCAGUGAACCGUGAGCGGGAAAUCGCGGGGCGGAACAACUAUUUCGUGGACAGAAUUUCAAACUUGGGAGCACAGAUUUGGUUAACAAGCCUUAAGGGUAAUUGUUAAUUUAGAAAAGUGCUUUAACCAGUAACCUAGCAUGUGCUUAUAUGCUCUUGAAAUGACUAGAUUCAGAGGUGUCUCCCCUGUAAUACCUACAGGGCUGCUACUGAAAUGUAACGAAUCCCGUGCGAGUGAUACGUGCAUCCGGCAGACAGCGGCGCAGAUCCCGCUGCCUGUCCAGAACUGUAAAGAUCUUCAGUGAUUAACAGAGAAAAAGAAGGAAGAAAAGCUCGGGAGCUCUGUUCUCAUGCUGGAGACAGACGUGAUGAUAUUGGUGAGGGAGAUGCAAGUUUGCCACGGAGACUGUGGAAGGGUCCUUGGGGAAGAUGCCGCAGCCUCUCAAAGCGAAGUACUAGUGGUGCCAAAGGCAGUGAUCUCUGGGUAUGAGCAGGCCGAGCAGAGCCUGAAGCAGGCAACACCUUCUCUAGGUCCUCCCAAAUCAGCGCACAGUGCUCCAUGCUCAGUGCCUACCUCUGUUCCAUUUGAAGUGCACACUCCUCCAAGUUACACACUCCUCACUCACACACACUACUGUUCUAUCCCCUCACGCUCACAACUCCUCUAUCCUCAUAUAUACUCCUCUUUACACACCCUCCUUCCUCACACCUCAUCCUCACACACAACCCUUCCUCACACAUACAACCACCACCAUACACACAACAUCCUCACACACUCCAUCCACAGACACACCUUCCUCACACAAACUCCUUCCUCACAGACACACCUUCCUCACACACACUCUUCUCACACACAAUCCAUCCUAACACACAUUUUAUCCUCACACACACUCCUUCCUCAAAACACCCCAUCUUCGCAGACACACCUUCCUCACACACAUUCCAUCCUCACACACACUCCAUCUUCACACACAAUCCUUUCUCCCACAUAUACCAUCAUCAGACACACGCUUUCCUCUCAGAUACUCCAUCUUCACAGAUAUACCUUUCUCACACACAUCCUAUCCUCACAAUACUCCUUCCUCACACACCUCAUCCCUACACACUCCAUCCUCACACACACUCCACUUUUACACACAAUACUUUCUCACACAUACACCAUCAUCAUACAUACAUCUUUCUCUCACAUACUCCAUCCUCACAGACACAUCUUCCUCACACACAUUCCAUUCUCACAUACACUCCAUCCUCAUACACACUGUAUCCUCAUACACACGCCAUCCUCAUGCACACUCCAUCCUCACACACGCUUUCUUCACAUACUCCUUCACAUACUUCACAUACUUCCUUCACAUACUCUGUCCUCACACAAACUCCUUUCUCACAUGCACUUCUACAUCCUCACACACACUUCGUCCUCACACGUACCCUUCCUUCCAUCAUACCCAAGAAUGUUCGCCAGUCACUGUCAGGACUUGUUACAAAAAUACCAAGUCUUGUGGCUGUAUUCAAGGACCUUCAUUGGAACAGGAUGGCAGGGAUUAUAAGUGGGGAAAGAAGUGGUGAUCUGGGUUUUGAGAAGAGCAAGUCCUCCAAGGAAUGCAUAAGGACAGAUGACUGGCAAGUGGUCCUGACCACCAUCCCAGACCACUGAGUGGACCCGUGUGCAGGGGCUGUGCCCUUUGCCUUUGCUGUCCCAGCUCUUGUCCAAACCUGCCCUUUGAACCUCAGCACAAGACUUCGUUCCGAGGAAGCCCUCUGGAAUAUUCUGGUGAUGCUACCUCACGCCCCAUUCUCAAAGCUUGUCCCUGCAUUCUUUCCCUCUCUCCACCCUCACCCCUGAGAACCCUUUGCUGGUCAUGUGCUUGGCCCCCAGGCAGCCACUGCGUCCACCUGUGCUUUCACGUCACCCCACAAUCUUAGCCCGUGUCCAGCCUCCAGCACCUGCAUGAUAAAUACCUGUCAGAUGUUUAAUUAGCAAGGAGUCCCAGAAGGAGACCUCACAGGCUCCAAACAGACUUGAAGCAGUUCAUGUAGAGAAACAGCUGGGAGUGCCUUGCUGCCUUGCUGUGCUCACAAGCACACCUCCCUUGCGGGGCCUGGCUCCCGUCUCUCAGGGCUCCUGGUGACCCCAAGUCCUGAAGUUCAUAUACAGCAUGAGUACAAAACCAUUCCAGAGCUUUCCAGAACUUUCCACUAGGUGGGAGGACAAGAUGUAGAUUUUUUUUGGCAGGAACUCUUUUUUUUUUUUGCUUUUUGGGUCACACCCAGUGAUGCUCAGGGGUUACUCCUGGCUUUGCACUCAGGAAUUACUUCUGGCAGUGCUUAGGGGACCAUAUAGGAUGCCGGGGAUUGAACCGAGGUCGGCUGCGUGCAAGGUAAACACCCUACCCGCUGUGCUAUCGCUCCGGCCCCUUGGCAGGACCUCUUUGAAAGCAGUUGUGUUUGAGAAUGAACCUACAUCUUUCUAACUUUCCAACCAAGGUGAACAGCCUGGGGUCUCCCAGACUCUCUCAGGAAGGUGCCAGCCACAGAGACCAUUUCUGAGCCACAGGAGAGUCAGGUGGAAGCCGGGGGAGGCUCUUGUAAAGGAGCCCCCCACCUCACAGCUGCAGAGCUGGGCAGAGGGGCUGGCGUGUGACCCUGAGCUGUCUUGUGAGCUGCUUGGGGGUGCCCUCACCCCUACCUCCAACAGUUUAGGGGAGCUUCUGCACUCUAGCUCAGUUUGUGGGGGGCUGCAGCCCUCUCCUGUGCAGCGUGGAGGAGCCUUCUCUGCCUUGGACUCAGGUACUUCUUUUGGACCCUGGAGGAUACAGGAACUCCAGGCUCCAGUAAACCUGGUGGGAAACGCCCAGCAUCACAGCCCCGAGAGGCCUCUGCUGCAUUGGGUGACAGUGUGCAACCGAGGGAUCACGAGCAGCAGUCCAGGCCACUUUCGGCCUGGCUGUGUCUCCCCUCACCCAUUGCAACAGGCCUCGAGAGCUUCCCAAGAGGUCGUCUUGUUGGGGUUGUCCCGAGGCUCCUGACCAAUGGCACCACCUUCCAGACACCUUCUCUGUUUCCGUAGGCGACUUUGGCAGCUCCUGGAUGUGCAGGGCCCACGCCAGCUGCCCCCAGUACACCUGUGCUAGGCAGUUUAGGUCUUAUGUGUUUGCUCUGGGAUGGAGCUCAGGGACUGUCCGUCAGGACCACCUGCCAUGGAGAUGUGCACGUGAUGUAGACACUGAACAGCCUACAAAUGUGCCACGAUGAGGGAUAAGCAGAUCAAAGACCACAGAUGCCCAGGGCAGGGGCAUGUCACUGCCCCCAAGACCCUCGGUUGGGUCCAGAGAGAAAUGCAGGGUGCAGAACUGCCCCUAAGAUCGGCAGCUUCCUGCCUGCCUGGGGGGCUGAGACCGUCAUACACCUAUUUCCAGACUCAGACCCAGGUCCCAUGUGCACAUACACGUUUCUAGCAUCCUCGGGGCAUAGGGCACUCCCUGGCACAUGCAGACCCAUGACAACAGCUGAGCGCCCCAUGUGAAGGGAGGAAGGGGAGUUCCGGGAGAUGUGAGGGUCCGGGGAGCUCCUGCCUCCCACUGGCCCAGGUGGCCAGGUGGUGGACUCUCUGCUGUGCUCUGGGUGGUGACAGGCAGGCGAGGGGCCAUCAGGACCUGGCUGGAGCCCCUGGCUGGGGCUUGCAGCAGGCCUGCUGCCCACGUGGGAGGCCCUGUGGCCAGCAACAGGGGCAGGAACACCCCUGACACAUCCCUUACCUGUGCCUGCCUCUGGUGUGAUGCUGCAGUAGCAUCCAGAAAACGUGGCUAUGUCUACACUAGCCAAGACCAAGCUCAAGGGCAGGGGGUAGGGCGACAAGCUCCAAGGCCUGUCUGAUGCGACUUUACACAGGCAGGCUCAAUGCAGGUACAGCCCAUGUGGAAGAGUCUGUGGGCACCUGGCUGACGGUGGCAGGAAUACAAAGACGUCCCUCACUCAUCAUCAUGGGAUCCAAUUCUACCACCCCAAGCACUAGCCUCCAGCCCUGGCCUUGGA